UCUGUUAUCUAACUGUUCUGUAAUCAGACGUGUAUUUCUUUAUUUCACCCAGAUAGAUAAUUAUAGAACAAUAGCUUGAUAAAAACAUUCACUGAGUUGAGCUGGGUAUUUGAGUAGGUCUUGAGGUUUUAAAAAAUAUUUUUCUGAUUUAACUUGUGCUCUUCCAACAGACGUGACGCAGACGUAAAGAAACUUGAAGCAGACGUGAAGCAGACAUGGUUUUGUCAGGAACCCAGAGAUGCUCCUCCUCCCUGCUUGUCAUCGGAGUCCUGGUCACGCUGGCUGGUUACAUCUCACCCUUCUGGGAGGUCUCGACCUUUGGCCCCGACAUGUUUGGGAAUGACCCAGUCACAAAGAAUGGCGACCUGACGCAAAGCGUGAGCGUCGGGCUUGUCUUUGGCUGCGCGCACGUGACCUUGAGCCAGUUGGACACGUGUGAGUUCCUGCCGUGGAAGUUUGAGACAAAAGACAGCGACCUCUACUUUCAGGUGGUUCGCAUCAUGGCGGCCGUGUCCACGUGUCUGAUGCUGCUCACCUUCUUCGGCUCGCUCAUCUCCUGUUGCACGAGCAGCCUGGGUGUCUACAGGUUCGGGGCCGUCACAUCCCUGCUGGCCGGGCUACUGGGCAUCGCCUCCGUCUCCACCUUCUCCGCCUGCACCAAGGGGGACCUCAACCCGUUCGGGCCCUUCGGACAGUUGAAGCUCGGCUGGGCGUUCUACCUGAGCGCCGCUGGGAGUGGAUUUUUGGUGGGAGCGGCUUUUGUUUCGCUGGUGCUGCGAAAGCCAGGGAAAUAUUUUCAGUCAACCACGACCCAGUUCGGCGUCCACAACCCCAGCUACGUGCCUGAUUAUAAGAACAACACCCAGCAACAGCCCUACCGCUUUUAGUGACGGAACAAUCUAGAACAUCAAGCAACAACCCCAGCUACGUACCUGACUAUAAGAACAACACCCAACAACAACCCUACCGCUUUUAGUGACAAGAACAAACCAGAAAAGAUAACUUACAAUGAAAAAUGAAAUACAAACCGACAAAUGAACUUUGAAAAUAAAAUAAAUGUGCAAUCCUAAAAACUA